CGAGUUUUUUCCCCGUUGUCGCCUCUCUCCCGAUCCCAACACGGGGCGGCGCGGGCUUUGCUUCGGGCGAUGCUGCGAUCGAUGAUGGCGCGCUCGGGGCGCGCGAUGCGCGGCGCGGCGGCGGCGGCGCGACCCGGCGCGGGACGAGUUCUUCGUGGCGACGCCCGAGUCCUCGGCGUGGCUCGACACCGCCACCAUGCCCAUGGUCCUCACCGCCGUCGCCAUCGCCCUCUUCGCCAAGCUCCUCAUGAUGUACGAUGAAUCUAAAGCUCAAGAGAGGCUCGAACGCAAGAUACAGAAGGCACCGCCUGGGCAAGGGACUGUGAGAAUGCUUAGCCGUGAGGAAUGGGACGAGAUCCAGGAAAUUAGGCCGAGGACUCCUUUCGAAUCCAAAUUGGCUCGCCCAAAUGCUCGAAUAAGAACCGGAGAACCCAUACAUCUGGAUGAUUUAAAGGAUUGGAGCAUUGAUGUCAUCACCGACGCUCUUACCAGAGUAGAAGAAAGUGUUAAACGGAAAUGACUCAGAAGGAAUCUGCUUAAGAACUAAGGUGUCACUUUAUGUCAUUGGUUAAUCUCGCAGCCAGCUCUGGAGACCUCACAACCACCAGUCCAAAUAUCUCUGUGGGAAGGGAGUUGGAUGAUUAAGGAGAUUCCUCAGAAUGGUCACCGGAGAAUAUCCAUAUGCUAUCGACCCCUGCUAUAGUGGUAUGUACUAGAUGCUUUACAUCAUUGCAUUUGUUACCAUUGUCGAGCCAUCACCAUCAAUCUUUUUCUUAAUGAUGGGUAGAAAACGAAGCAUUUUACUUUUAAUACCACAAGUCGAUGUCCUCCAAUUUGUCCGGAUUAUAAUUGUCCAUUUGCUUCUCAAGGCGAUAAGACCAGAAACAUAGGGCUACCAAUUAAACUUGAACACUGGGAAUACAAACCAUACUCGAAUCUCGAUGCCCCAAAUAGGUGCUACAGAUCAUCUGUAUCAGACUGUUUACGAGUUACGUACCCGUCUCUAAUUGUUGUGGAUGUCAGCAAUGAUGGUUUCAAUCGACAAGCUCGCUGAACGGGAAAUUCCCAGUCUAAACCUUUUCUCACUGUACUUGUUUUUCUAUUUCAGCAGCAUUUCUAUGUAAAUUUUUGGAAUGUUUAGAGACAAACACUGUCCAUUACAUAAAGUGAGUUUCUAAUGUCUCUUUCUACUGGUAUGUCGAGCUGAUGAGAAAUACUGUAAUGAAACGCAACAUUAAAUAAUUUUUGCCUUCUCAUUGCAAA